AUGGGAAUUUGGUACUCACACGGUAGUUUUGGAAACAUGCUUGGCUCCCUGAUUGCUGGCGUAUUUGUAAAUGACGCUUGGGGCUGGUCUUUUAUCGUACCCGGAUUGCUGAUUCUCGGCAUGGGUUUACUGACAUUCUUGUUCCUUGUUCCAUAUCCCGAAGAGCUCGGUCUUUUUAAACCAGACGAGCGUGAAAAACUUGAGGGUGUGACGGAAUAUUCACUUUGUCUGUUCUGCACAAAACUGGUUUCCUACACAUUCUUGUUCUGGUUACCUAGCUACAUUCGGGACACGAUCGGUCUAACUGCCUCUAAUUCGGCCUAUUUGUCGACCGUGUUCGAUAUGGGAGGCAUCGUGGGUGGAAUACUGGCCGGUCAUCUGUCAGACAUAGUUUCAUCCAGUUCGACAGUCUGCUCAGUUCUUCUGGCUUUAGGUGUGCCCUCAGUGAGUGACUUGUAA